AUGGCGGACUGCUUCCCGCCCGAGUCGGACGACCUCCACCGCCGCUGGCUGCCGCGGGAGAUCUUCGCCGACAUUGGCAUCGUCGACCCCGAGGCCGCCGCCGCCGUCGUCACCGAGCCCACGCCCGAGGCCGCCGCCGUGGAGGAGCUCGCGGCGCAACUCGCCGGCAUCCUCGGCGGCAGGUCCAAGGUGUGGCCGCUCGCCCCCCAGCCCCCGGCCCCGCCCGCCGCCGCCCCGCGCCACGGCGCCAAGGUCUGCGGGCUGGAUGGGAGCGUCGUCGUGUCGACCAAUGGUGGCGGCGGCGGCGCUGGCGCCGUGUCCUGGCCGUUCGUGCCGUACCCGCAGCUCCAGUGGCAGGUCGGGAGCAGCCUGGUGAACUACGGCGGCGUGCCGGACUACCCGGUGCUGCCCCCCGCUCUGCCCUGCCACGUCCCGCCGCCGGCGAACCUGCGCGGCGGCACGGGCGUGUUCCUGCCGCGCGUCGAGGCGUACCGCUACGCGCCGGCUACUCCCCCGGCCACGGCUAAAGGUGGGGCGUGGGCUGGUGCAGCGGCAAAGCCGUGGGCUGGGACUGGGACUGGCAGCAGGCCGGCAACGGGGAAGAAGCAGCAGCCGCAGACCGAGCAUGCGACGCCGACAAAGCAGCAGCACCAGAAGCAGCAGCCGCAGCAGGCCACCGGCGCUGCGCUGGCGCUGCCACAGGACUGGAGCUACCGCUGA